ACAGACACUGAGGACAGCACAUAUCAGAGAGACCAGAUCAGAGACCAGACAGAUGGACAAAGAGACGCUCUACCUGGACAUGGAUCACAUGUUGGUACUGUUGCUGUUGCUGUUGAGCUCAGGACUGCAAAUAGAAGGAGAACAAAACACAGAGCCUGUCAGGUUGGUUGGAGGAGACAAUCGCUGUGCAGGAACACUGGAGCUGAAACAUCAGGGAGACUGGAGACCAGUUGGUGACUCUCUCUCUGGCUGGACCCUGAAGGAAGCAGCUGUUGCCUGUGGAGAACUGGACUGUGGCUCUCCUGUUUCUGUACUACGGAAAGAGGAGUCCUCAGACAGACGUGUCUGGAGGGUCAGGUCUAACUGUGUUCAGUCUGGAUCUGCUCUCAGGGACUGUGUAACAUCAGAUUCCUCUUCCUACAUCCUGGAUCUCGCCUGUUCAGACUCUGUCAGGCUGGUGAAUGGGACUAGUCUGUGUUCAGGAAGACUGGAGGUGAAGUCUGACCAGUCUAACCAGUGGUGGUCCUCAGUGUGUGAAGCUGACUUUGACAAGCAGGAUGCAGAGGUGGUCUGUAGGGAGCUCGGCUGUGGGGCUCCUUCAGUCCUCCAGGGGGCGCUCUAUGGAGAAGUGGAGUCUCCAAUGUGGACCAAAGAGUUCCAGUGUGGAGGCAAUGAGUCUGCUCUUCUGGACUGUAGAAGCUCAGGCUCAGCUAGAAACACCUGCUCACCUGGAAAAGCUGUUGGACUCACCUGCUCAGAGUCUGUCAGGUUGGUGGGAGGAGACGGUCGCUGUGCAGGAACACUGGAGGUGAAACAGGGAAAGUGGAGACCAGCAUUUGGCUAUGGCUGGACCCUGAAGAAAGCAGCUGUUGCCUGCAGAGAACUGGACUGUGGCUCUGCUGUUUCUGUAGGACGGAGAAAGGAGUCCAAAGACAGACCUGUGUGGUGGAUCAGGUCUGCCUGUAUUCAUUCUGGAUCUGCUCUGAGGGACUGUGUAACAUCAGAUUCCUCUUCCUACAUCCUGGAUCUCACCUGUUCAGACUCUGUCAGGCUGGUGGAUGGGACUAGUCUGUGCUCAGGAAGACUGGAGGUGAAGUCUGACCAGUCUAACCAGUGGUGGCUCUCAGUGUGUGAAGCUGACUUUGACCAGCAGGAUGCAGAAGUGGUCUGUAGGGAGCUCGGCUGUGGGGCUCCUUCAGUCCUCCAGGGGGCGCUCUAUGGAGAAGUGGAGUCUCCAAUGUGGACCAAAGAGUUCCAGUGUGGAGGCCAUGAGUCUGCUCUCCUGGACUGUAGAAGCUCAGGCUCAGCUAGAAACACCUGCUCACCUGGAAAAGCUGUUGGACUCACCUGCUCAGAGUCUGUCAGGUUGGAGGGAGGGGGCAGUCGCUGUGCAGGAACACUGGAGCUGAAAUAUCAGGGAGAAUGGAGACCAGCGUUUGGCUCUGACUGGACCCUGAAGAAAGCAGCUGAUGUCUGCAGAGAACUGGACUGUGGCUCUGCUGUUUCUGUAGGACGGAGAGAGUCGUCAGACAGACCUGUAUGGGAUAUCUGGUCUUACUGUGUUCGGUCUGGAUCUGCUCUGAGGGACUGUGUAACAUCAGAGUCCUCUUCCUACAUCCUGGAUCUCACCUGUUCAGACUCUGUCAGACUGGUGGGUGGGUCUAGUCUGUGCUCAGGCAGACUGGAGGUGAAGUCUGACCAGUCUAACCAGUGGUGGUCCUCAGUGUGUGAAGCUGACUUUGACCAGCAGGAUGCAGAGGUGGUCUGUAGGGAGCUCGGCUGUGGGGCUCCUUCAGUCCUCCAGGGGGCGCUCUAUGGAGAAGUGGAGGCUCCAAUGUGGACCAAAGAGUUCCAGUGUGGAGGCCAUGAGUCUGCUCUCCUGGACUGUAGAAGCUCAGGCUCAGCUAGAAACACCUGCUCACCUGGAAAAGCUGUUGGACUCACCUGCUCAGAGCCUGUCAGGUUGGUGGGAGGAGACAGUCGCUGUGCAGGAACACUGGAACUGAAACAUAAUGGUGAAUGGAGACCAGUGAUUGGCUCUGACUGGACCCUGAAGGAAGCAGCUGUUACCUGCAGACGUCUGGACUGUGGCUCGGCUGUUUCUGUAGAAUGGAGAAAAGAAUUGUCGGACAGAUCUGUCUGGAUGAUCAGCUAUGACUGUCUUCCGUCCAGAUUUGCUCUGAGGGACUGUGCAAAAUCACGGUCCUCUUCUGACAUCCUUCAUCUCACCUGUUCAGGCCUGCAGGAGGCAGAAGCAGGGCAGACAGGAGAACAUUGAGCUGGAUGAUUAUAACCUGGGUGUUCCUGCAGCUGGAGGAGGGCUGACUGAAGAGGAAGGUGCUCAGGGAGCAGAGUAGGACCUCCAAGGAGAUCCUCUCAUAUCCACAUGGAUUUCACGAUGGACAACCAUCAGCUCAGUCGAGGAUUUUACAUUUUUAUACUCAUGUUGGCUGAAAUUAUUACAUAACAUUAUAUCUGUAUUACUCUGAAGAUGAAAAGACCAAAAACAACAACAUGUUACCCUGUCUCUCAAUACUUUCUGACUUCCUGUCUGUGGCUCUCAGUUCCAACCCUGUUUGUUCCUACUGAAGACGUAAAUCUUAAAAAAUAUGGUUUCAUUAGAAAACUAGACUUGAAAGCAGGAAUACUGAGAUCCAAACAACACAAUUCAAAACCAAAGACACACUGACCCAGGCUGGCUGGGAAUUUGGGAGUGUUGGUAAUCUUGGAACAGUGUUGGCCAAGUAAUGUUAAAUAUUAAAUUAAAAUAAAAGUUAAAUUAAGUCAUAUCCACUUAAUCUGGUGUUCGGUAUACUCGAUCAAAUUUAGUGACAUUUGAACAAUUCAAUCCUGAGAUAAGAGGAAAAACUUCAGGACGACCUGCUGUCGUAUUUGUAGAUCUGGAGCACAACCAGGGUUGGUGCAACAAAUCUGCUGCCAUUUGCUGAAUCUGUUUAAAAAGAUUGCAGUGAAUGAUGUAAGUCAUGUAGUUAGCAGACAAAGUACAAUGUCAGAAAGUCAGCAGCUGUUUGACACCAAUGUCGCCUUGUUAGUGAGAUGUGAACUUUAUAAUUUUAUCACUGUAAUGAUGUAUCACUGCCCUCUACUAUGUUAAAAAAAAUAAUAGCAGUUUCAUAAACAUUUGCUUAUUUCAUAUGAAUUUUGCUUACUUUUUGUUGGAGAAAGAAGGUAAAAGCAGUUUAUUAAACUACAAAACUGUAAAUUAACUGA